CAGCGGCUAGGCGCUCGGAGGCGCAGAAGCUCCUGAGCCUGGCGCAGCCCGAGCGCCGGAGGCUGGCAGCUGCAGUUGGGUUUCUGGCAGUGUCCAGUGUCAUCACCAUGUCCGCCCCCUUCUUCCUGGGGAAGAUCAUCGACGUCAUCUACACAGACCCCUCUGCAGACUGCAGCUCCAGCCUGACCCGCCUCUGCCUGGCGCUCGGAGGCGUGUUCCUGUGCGGCGCCGCGGCCAAUGCCGUCCGUGUCUACCUCAUGCAGACGUCAGGUCAGCGCAUCGUGAAUAGGUUGAGAGCUUCGCUGUUCUCCUCAGUGCUGAGACAGGAGGUGGCUUUCUUUGACAAGACACGCACAGGAGAGCUUAUCAACCGUCUGUCCGCAGACGCAGCCCUCCUGGGGCGCUCAGUGACGGAGAACCUCUCAGACGGGCUCAGGGCUGGAGCACAGGCUUCGGUUGGCAUCGGCAUGAUGUUUUUUGUCUCCCCUAAACUGGCCACUUUUGUUCUGAGCGUGGUGCCUCCAGUAUCCAUCAUCGCAGUGCUUUAUGGCCGAUACCUCCGGAAACUGACCAAGGUCACUCAGGACUCCCUGGCACAAGCCACUCAGCUAGCCGAGGAACGUAUUGGAAACAUAAGAACUGUUCGAGCUUUUGGGAAAGAAAUGACUGAAAUAGAGAAAUACACCAGCAAAGUGGACCAUGUGAUGCAGUUAGCAAGGAAAGAGGCAUUUGCUCGGGCUGGCUUCUUUGGAGCAACUGGGCUCUCUGGGAACCUGAUCGUGCUUUCUGUCCUGUACAAAGGAGGGCUGCUGAUGGGCAGUGCCCACAUGACAGUGGGCGAACUCUCCUCCUUCCUAAUGUAUGCUUUCUGGGUUGGAAUAAGCGUUGGAGGUCUCAGCUCCUUCUACUCAGAGCUAAUGAAGGGACUGGGUGCCGGAAGCCGCCUCUGGGAGCUCCUCGAGAGAGAACCUGAGCUUCCUUUCAAUGAGGGGGCUGUUUUGAAUGAGAAAAACUUCCAGGGCGCUUUGGAGUUCAAGAACGUGCAUUUCGCCUAUCCAGCUCGCCCAGAGGUGCCCAUAUUCCAGGAUUUCAGCCUUUCCAUCCCAUCAGGAUCUGUCACAGCACUGGUUGGCCCAAGUGGUGCUGGCAAAUCCACAGUGAUUUCCCUCCUGCUGAGACUGUAUGACCCUGCCUCUGGAACAAUCAGCCUGGAUGGCCACGACAUCCGUCAGCUAAACCCAGUCUGGUUGAGAUCCAAGAUUGGGACAGUGAGUCAGGAGCCAAUUUUGUUUUCUUGCUCCAUUGCGGAGAACAUUGCAUACGGUGCAGACGACCCCGCCUCAGUGACCGCUGCGCAGAUAGAGCAGGCAGCCGCUGUAGCCAAUGCGGCUGCUUUCAUCCAAAAUUUCCCUCAAGGAUUCAACACCGUGGUCGGAGAAAAGGGUGUUCUCCUCUCAGGUGGGCAGAAACAGCGAAUUGCAAUUGCCCGUGCUCUGCUUAAGAAUCCCAAAAUUCUUCUCCUAGAUGAAGCAACCAGUGCACUGGAUGCUGAGAACGAGCACCUCGUACAGCAAGCCCUGGACCGACUGAUGGAAGGAAGGACAGUGCUCAUCAUUGCCCACCGUCUGUCCACGAUUAAGAACGCCAGCAUGGUAGCUGUCCUUGACCUGGGAAGAAUCAUCGAGUGUGGGAAACAUGAAGAGCUGCUUUUGAAACCAGAUGGGAUGUACAGGAAAUUAAUGAACAAACAGAGUUUUGUUUCAGCAUAAAGAAGCGAUUACUGGUAAACUUAAUAUGAGAGGUUUUAAAGCAAAGCUGCACUGCGUGGGAAAAAAAAACUCAGACUUAGGAAAUCUGUAAAUCAGACUUCAAGUCAUUUGAAAUCUGCCUAUUUUUUCCAAAGUUUGUAAAAUAGUUUUGAGAUGGAUCUGUUCUGAAGACCUUUUUAUUCAGAAUUUUAAUAAUUAUAACUUUCUAAAUGGUCUAGAGCACUGAUGUUAUUUUCAGGUUUUAUAUUUUCUUUUAUCUUAGAACAUUUUGAUUAAUAGAGCAUGGCACCUCAUUUUCUUUUAUCUGCUGUUAUAAAUUGAAGUUAUUGUCAUAUGACAACUUUUAAAAGAGAAUUAUAAAUAAAAAGCCUAAUUAUUUUAGGCCAGUUCACCAAUCACUGUGUAAUCUCUUGGUAGUACUCUACCUACUUUGGGUCUCAUCUUACCACGUAGCAUGAUAGAUGGUGAAAAAUCUAACCCUUUAUUUUAUCCUGCUAAUCUCAUAAAGCAACCUAUAUAUAUAUUGUUCAGUUGCUAAGUGGUGUCCUACUCUUUGCAACCCCAUGAACUUCAGCACGCCAGGCUUCCCUGUCUUUCACCAUCUCCUGGAGCUUGCUCAAACUCACGUCCAUUGAGUCAGUGAUGCCGUCCAACCAUCUCCUCUGUCGUCCCCUUCUCCUCUUGCCCUCUAUCUUUCUCAGCAUCAGGGUCUUUUCCAAUGAGUUGCCUCUUCGCAUCAGGUGACCAAAGUAUUGGAGCUUCAGCUUCAGCACUAGUCCUUCCAAUGAAUAUUCAGGGUUGAUUUCUUUUAGGAAAUAUAUAUAUAUACAGAAAUACAUAAUGUCACAUGGCAAGGAGGGGUAAUUUAUAUCUCCUGUCUCCUCUGUCUUCAAAGGGAUGAAAGUAUAGGGAUAUGUGUUCUUUUGGGCUGAGACUGUGUUUGCAUGUGUGCAGUUUUCAUGGUUUUGGCACCUGAGAGCCUGAUGAAUUUUAAAAAGGGAAGAAGCCCCAUCCUUUGAAUAUGAGAACUUCUGUUUUCAUUAUUCGUGUAUUUGGGAAGUGAGGCAUGAACUGCCAGGUAUUAUCAAAAAAGAUGUAAUUUUACACUUAGGUUGUCUGUAAGCAUGUAUCUUGAAAAUUAUCUUUUAAGAGUUUAUCAUUCCUAGUCAAAUUUUACAGUGUUUUUUCAGUUAGUUAUGAAAUUUCAUUCAAUGAGGCUAAAUUCCAAAAUUAUUAGUAUAGCUGUAAUUUAAAUCUUAAAACAUUUGAAGGAAGCUUAUACAUUCUACAAAAUGUCAAGAAACGUUAAGAGCUUGUCACCUUCUGAAAAGAGGAUAUAAUUUACCAUCUUUCUUCUAUUUGUUGUUAUAGUUAAAGCUAAACUUCUCAAAAAUUCCUCAAGCAAUGUUUUGAGCAUUGCUUUGGAUUUGUUGUAUUCAUAUCAGCACUAUUAAGUUGCCGUUCCCUCAAGAAAAAGUACUUUUUCUGUAAUGAUAAUGUCAGAACCUAAGAAGUAACAACGUUGAUAUGACUAAAAAGGAAGUCUUCUCAGGUCCUAAGUAUUGUGAUUAGCUUCCUGAUUAUACUGGAAGAAACCACUAUUUCAUGAUAAGCAUGGAGUAUUACAUUUUAUUCUACAUAAGGGAAUUCAUUAAUGAAUUCAGUGAAUAAAUGAACUCUGUUCUUUGAAUUUAAACAGUACAUCUGUGACAAUCAUUUUUAACAAGUUUACUCAUAUUCUUCAUGGUUUACUACUAUGAUGGUGUUCUCAAAAGCAGACAAAACACAAUUACAAGGUUGGAUCUGAAGGAAAUAUCUUUGUGCCACAGAAGCAUUUACAAAAUUGAAUGUAAUCAUUAUAUUUUAUUUUCUAAUACAAGGUAUUCCCUUUUAUAUCUUGGAUUAAAAUUUAUAGUGAACUUUA